GUGGUCGGGCUCAUAUUACCGUUUCGACACCCGCGCUUGCAACCGCAAUGUGGUGAUGGCAGAUCAACUGGCGGGGCAUUGGUAUCUCCGCGCGUCCGGCUGUACGGAGCAAGUGUUCCCCGACGGGAACGUGAAGAGAGCGCUGCAGAUGAUAUACGACAACAACGUGUUACGAUUCGCGGGGGGCAAGCUGGGCGCCGUCAACGGGUACGUGGUGGGUGCGGGGGGUGCGACGGGCGCGGUGGGUGCAGGGGGUGCGGCGGGCGGGCACGUGGACACGACGGCGCUGCAGAGCGAGGAGGCGUGGACCGGCGUCACCUGCGGACUGGCCGCGCUCAUGAUAUACGAAGGUAAGUGAAAUCUUUACAGUUACAAUUGGAGUGUCUUUAUGUAAUACUAGGUAUUGUCUGCGUGGAAUUUAAAAAUCAAAAAAAAAUAUAA